AAUGACUAUGUCUACUCAAGAAACGAGGAUCGAGUUGGAACCAUGGCGGGACUUGAGGGGCACGAUCGUAAUGGUUACCGGGGCAUCUUCUGGUAUCGGUUGGGAAUUUUGUAUCGACUUAGCAAAAGCCGGUUGCAAGAUAAUUGCUGCCGCUCGUCGAACCGAACGUCUUCGAAUUCUGUGCGAUAAAAUUAACAAAUUGGAUGUAUCUGAUGGUCGAGUAAACCAAAGUCAAGCCAAGAAUAAUGACGUCAUAGCGGUAGCGGUGGAGCUUGAUGUCAGUGCCGAUGGUCCUACCAUUGAAGCUUCAGUGAGAAACGCCUGGGAAGCUUUUGGCCGAAUUGAUGCUUUAAUCAACAAUGCUGGUUUUAGAGGUCCUAUACGAGGUUCACUGGAUUUGUCAGAAGAAGAUUGGGAUCGAACCUUUAGUACAAACAUAAGAGGAUCCUGGUUGGUUUCAAAGUAUGUUUGCCUACAAAUGCUUGCUCUCAAUCAAGGAGGAUCCAUAAUUAAUAUCUCCUCUACUGCUGGCGUCGGUCGUGUUUUUCCACCUGCUGUUGCAUAUGCUUCUUCAAAAUCGGCCCUUGAUACCAUGACAAAGGUAAUGGCAAUGGAACUUGGAAAACAUAAAAUAAGGGUGAACUCAAUAGCUCCAGGGAUUUUUCAAUCUGAGAUUACGAAUGAACUCUUGGAGAAGAAAUGGUUUGAGAAAGUGGUUUCAAGAACGGUGCCACUAAGAGAUCUAGGCACUACUGAUCCAGCUAUGACAUCGUUGGUGAAAUACCUAAUACAUGACUCGUCCAACUAUUUGACAGGUAAUGUUUUCAUUGUAGAUGCAGGGUACACCUUAGCUGGCGUACCCCUUUUUUCGUCACUUUGAACUUACUGAUGGUCAAAGUUAAAUGGUCGUACCAGUAUUGAUACAUCGUUGAGAAGGGUAUUCUAAAACUGCAUUAGUCAAAUCAAAAUAAAGAGAA